UAUCGUUUUUCGUCUUCUUCGUGACAUGGACAUCCGUCAUCAGGCGAAUUGAAAAUUUGAUUGAAACAGAAGUAUUUAUAAAUACAAAUUAUAGGCAAAACUUUAAAAUUAUCAAUACACACUGCUGCUUAUGCGGUUUAAAAUACAGUUAAAGUCGUGCCAUAACAAACUAUUUUGGUAAUCGCUAUCCAACGAUAAACGAACGAGGAAACCUUUUUGGCGAUACGUGAAUGUACAAUUUGUACAAAUCGAGCAGUGGCAUUUCGGGCGCUAAUUAUUCUAAGGUCCUCACUACCGUACCGUUUGUACGUAAAAUGGCUGGGGUCGCAUUGUCAGCCGUAGUAGAGAAGCUAAACGAAUUCGCACCAGAAAAUUUAGCAGAAAAAUGGGAUAAUGUUGGACUGCUUAUCGAGCCAUUCACCAAAAGGAAUAUAACGAAAAUUCUGUUGACUAAUGAUUUAACAGAAAAUGUCAUGAGUGAAGCUUUGGCCAGAAGUUCCGACAUGAUAAUUUCAUACCAUCCACCGAUAUUCGCUCCGCUGAAAAAGAUCACCCAGAAAUCUUGGAAAGAGCGUAUAGUAUCGAUUUGUUUGGAAAACAAAAUUGCUCUAUAUAGUCCUCACACAAGCUGGGAUAGCGUAACCAAUGGAGUGAACGAUUGGUUGGCGGCUUCAUUGCCGGCAGCCAGUGCUCAACCCAUUAUUGAAAAUCUAUCUAAUCCCUCAAUUGGAGCUGGAAGAAUUUGUGUCAUUCAAGGCGAACUUACUCUAGGGGCCGCCGUCGAACGUAUCAAAGCCUAUACCAAACUAAAAGAUGUCCGAGUUGCAGUUGCCGUCAAUAGAAAUCUCGAUGCUCCCAUAAGAACCUUCGCUGUGUGUGCUGGAUCGGGUACCAGUAUUUUGAAGGGAGUUAAGGCCGAUCUCUAUAUAACUGGUGAAAUGUUUCAUCAUGAUAUUUUGGAAGCCAAUCAUCAAAACAUUCAUGUUAUUUUGCUCAACCACAGCAAUUCAGAGCGAGGAUAUCUACCGAUAUUUCGUGAAAUUCUUCGCAACAUGCUCAAAGAUUACCAGUGCAUUCAGAUUGAUAUCUCUGAACAAGACGCCGAUCCGCUUCAGACCUACUGAUUUCCGUUAUACCACUGGUAACACUCACAGCAGGACCCUGGACAAUUGCAACAGCAGCAGCAGCAACACCAACAUCAUCAUCAGUACCAGCAGCUGCCGUCGCGAUUACCCAGUGGUAGUGCAAUCGCAACCAGUGGCCAACACCCAAUGCCAGCAUCCAGUGCUCCCCGACAACCAGUCCCUCCCCCCGCGAAGCAGAAACGAGUCGUUUGCAGCAACAAGAAGCGAAAAACUAAAUAAUUUAAUUAUGUUUCGUCGUAAACGAAACGAUUACUGAAUUUUCACAUAAAAGUUUUAUCUUGCUUAUUUUUAAGAUUUUGGAUUAUCAAGUUUUGAAUCCUUGUAGGUUCUUUGGAUUCCUCCCUCGUGUGGUUUUUGUCACGAUCAAGGUGCAAAACAGAAUACGAUAAUGAAAUGAUUGUUAUUUGAAAAUGUUCCUAAUUUGUUUGAUUGUCUAAAUUUAAUUUUACAACCGACCUUGAAAAUAAUUCAGUCAUUCUGGUCGACCAACUUAAUAAUGUAAUGAGACUUCAUAUACUGUGCCAAUAGAUAUUUUUAUUUUGAAGUUUUUUAUUGACUAGAUACUACUUUUUUGUUACUGUUUGAAUUCAAUUCAAAUUAACUGCUCCAAAUGGCGUCGUUCUCGAGUUUUUGUCAUCCAAUUUGCGACUAUAUGAGUAAUAGGCCUUGAAAGCUUUCAUCCAUAAGUGACGUAUACAUAAUGAAGGCCAGUGUGACUCAAGGAAUAUAAGAUAAACUGAUUUUUUUUAUAAAAAUGGGUUUUCUUUCUUUUCUUCUAGAAAUUAAGAAAAACAUCAAAUCACACGUGUUUGCUUAAGGAAUUGGCGGAAAAAAUAUUGAAAUAAAAAAAAAAACGAAUUUAUGAAUUGUGUACCUACUUAUCAAAUUUUUAAACUUUGGAAAGUGUUAUUCAAUUCAAAAGUCAAUUUUCUUGAAGAGUGCUUUUUUAUUUGGUAAAACUAAAUAAACCAAAUACUUGGAAUAAAUGUAUGUUCAACAGGAUUUUCCAAUAAAUAAUCACAUAAAUACGAUACGAACUUCAAUAAUUUGAAAUAGGAUUAGGGACAAGGCAUUUACUGCAUUUUCAAGAAAAGCAUUUUUUAUAGGAAAAAAUGUAUAAAUGUAUAACCAACGUUCCUUUUUGACGAAUUUUUUGGACCUAAACAACAAAAGAAAUGUGAUUCUGUGUAGAAAAAUAAACCCGGCGCAAAUAUUGGCAAGGAUAAUUUAUUAUCAAAAAAUUGUAGUUAUAAGUAAUUAAAAAGACAUAAUCUUUACAGUAAAAUGUGGUUAAGCGAUAAGCAUUCAUCAAGCAAAAAUGAUUAAAAUUUGAUUCGAUAGAAUCUAUAUGUGUACUAAUCAAAAUACCCAGUCGUAUUCUAGAAAUAUCGGCCGUACUAUACACGAUGAAGACCUUUUGGUAAAACAAUUCAAUAAACGUAAAUAAUAAUGAAAAAAAAAAAGGAUUUUCCUUUCCUUUGUGCUCAAUAAUUUUUUCUUCAAAUGAAAUCCUGGUUUUCUACUGGUUAUCUAGUAGGUUUGAUUACUAAGUGCUGAACUUUGGAACAGGGAUAUACUUUUUUUUCUUCUACAAUCAGCGUAUCACGUUAUUAAUUCCAAUCCUCCAUCCAACAUAUUUAUAGAUUAGAGAUGUACCGGAUAGUGGUAUUUGGUCAACGGCUCCAAAACCUUCUCAAUUAUUCGGCCGAAUAUUCGGUCGAUUAAAGCUUGCCUACUGGAUGCGUGGCGUUUAACAUGGAAUCGGUCUCAAGCCCUUUUACGAUUUGUUAAACCUCACAUUUGCCAAAACAUAGAUAGGAGACGUGCCUCAGAGCAACGUUUGUUAACAAGACUGAGAAUGGGAAACACCGAACUACAUGUAGGUGCAUCGCCAAAGUGCGGAGUUCAAAAUAAACAUUAGAGCACCUGCAACGGUUCAGGUCCAAAUAUUGGUUUUAGGUAUACCAGUUUAAGCAAAAUUUUAAAUUUUGGAAUCGGCUAAAACAUGCGCUCCCCACCGGUGUGAUAGCAAAUUUAAAACGGGUACACUUUUAUUGCAGACACUCAAUAAUUGAGAAGAAAAAAACUCAUUUCAAUAGAAAAAUUGCUAAGUUUUGAGUUUUACACCGUAAUUAUUCUACCAGGAUUUCAUUAACUUAAAGUCUUUUCAAUGAAGUUUGAUCGAAAUAAAUUGACGAUUGAAUACCUUUCUUUUUCCAAUUGACUUCGAUCGAUUUCUUCCAGGCCGUAACGAAACCCCCUGUCGAGAUGGAUCGGUUUUGACCGUUUUGACUAGUUUCAACUUGCUUCAUUGACAACGACCUGACUAGUUUCGACCAAAACAUUGGCUCAUUGAACAACUACCAGUUGGCAAAAACCGCAGUUGAAACCGAUUUUUAUCUAUGAUUGAACGAAGCUUUAAAAGCCAAAAUGACUAUACGCAGCGAGAAAAAAAGCUUAAUUGAAACAAAAAAAAAUCAUUUUUCUUUUAAAAAUUGGUUCAUUUUGGGGUGCUGAUUCCAAAUAUUAAUUUAGUUCACCAGUUCUUGUUUUCGAGAUACCUUAGCGUACCGAGAUAGUUUUGAGUUUAACGGUUAAUUGUCUUAAAAUUAAUUCUACGAAUAUUCUUUUUGACAGAACAAUGAUUUCAACUAUUCUACCAGGACUACAUUAAUUUUAAAGCAAAAAUGACUACACAACGAGGAAAAAAGGUC